CAAAAAAUUAGAACAAUGCCCUUUGGAAACUUUCAAGCAGUAAAAGAUAACGUAUUGCAACCUGUCAAGGACAAAAUCACAGAUAAGACCGGCAAAUUAAAAAGAGUAUUCAAGAAAGACCCGGAGGAAAAGUCUUUUGUAAAAUAUGACGAACUGGACGAAGCCUUUUCCGAGGAAGAGGAUAAAAAGUCCCGUUUCCUUGGAUACUGUCCAUCAUGCACAUGCUGCAGAUGCAUCGCACAACGCUACCUAGUGGCCAUACUCAGCUGUAUGGGGUUUCUCAUCUCGUUCGGGAUUCGGUGUAAUAUGGGGGUUGCUAUUGUAACCAUGACCAAAAACGAAACAUAUGGAGACGAAAACAAAGUCCCAACAAAAAUACUCGAAGACGGAGAAAACUCAACUCUAGCUAAUAAAACG